CUCACCGAUAUGGACGACUAGCGUAAUUAGGCUGCUUACCACUUACCUUCAUUGUUAUAGAUGAUUACAAUUCUGCAGCGAACCGUUGCGUUGUAAGCGGUGCAGUAAUUCGUGGCAAUUUGCGCUUGUGUGGUGGUAGUUUUAAGGCUGAUGAGGGAGGGUGGCUUCUCAGUCUCCACCGCUCUGCCGUAACUCCGCCCACUAAUACUCUGAUCCGACCAGCUCGCGCCCAUUCCGCCUGAAUCCCGCCCGUGCGAUGCCGCCGCGGCCAAGGUGAGGCCGCGCGAUUGGUUGGGGCGGAAGCCCCUCCCACUCUCGAUGCACGUGGCUCGCAUGUCUGCGCGGCGAUUGGUUCUCGCGUCCUGCGCGGCGCUCGCCUGCUUGUGGGCGGUGCGCGCGCUAUUAGGCGGCGCAGACGGCGAUAGAGACUACGAUGGGCCGCUAUUGGUUAGUAGGCUGGGCGCUAUACAGGAGGUAAAUAGGCAGAUGCCGUUGAUUUUCAUUGGCGGCGUGCCGAGGAGCGGUACUACGUUGAUGAGGGCUAUGCUCGAUGCACAUCCUGAUAUUAGAUGUGGUCAAGAGACACGUGUGAUACCCCGUCUGUUACAGAUGCGAUUCCACUGGAUGAAAUCCGAAAAGGAAUCGAUGCGAUUGGAACAGGCGGGCAUCACGAAGCCGGUUAUGGACGCUGCUAUUGCUGCGUUCAUGCUAGAGGUGAUAGCCCGGCAUGGUGAACCUGCGCCGAGACUGUGCAACAAGGACCCGCUCACCAUAAAGAGCGGCACAUACGUUUUGGAACUAUUUCCAAAUGCGAAGUUCAUCUUCAUGGUGAGAGAUGGCAGGGCAACAGUGCACUCCAUAAUCACUAGGAAGGUCACCAUUACUGGAUUUGACCUCACUAAUUAUAGACAAUGUAUGAAGAAGUGGAAUAGCGCAGUAGAAUCAAUGAACAAUCAAUGCAAGGAAUUGGGCCCUUCGAAGUGCCUGCGUGUGCCAUAUGAGCAAUUGGUGCUGCAUCCACGAGAAUGGAUGGACAAAGUCCUCAGGUUCUUAGAUGUCCGCUGGGAUGACUCGGUGCUUCACCAUGAAGACUUUAUAAAUAAGGGAGUAAAGCUUAGCAAGGUAGAACGUUCUAGCGACCAGGUAAUUAAGCCAGUGAACAUGGAAGCACUGGACAAAUGGGUGGGUCACAUCCCAGAGGACGUAGUUCGAGACAUGGCAGAUUUGGCACCAAUGCUGUCCGUGUUAGGUUAUGACCCAUACGCUAACCCGCCAAAGUAUGGCAACGCUGAUGACGUCGUACUACACAACACCCACGAGAUCAAAAGAAAUAGAUCCGAAUGGGACAAAAAAGCCAAAGAAAUGUUCAACAUGGAGUGGGAUGCCAACAAUAACGACCCACAAAUCGAUAGAGAAACGAGCGAAGGGCCCAACAAUGGGACGUGACGACUAGGUUGGACAUUUCAGUGGACAUUGGAUCAGUUUCAAGAGGCAGACAAUAUCUAGCUUAUAUCCACGAUUAUGUGUCAAAACAGCAGAUUGCUUAUUCAUUUUGUACUGUGUAUAGCUGUAAGGUAUGCCAUAUGUGUACAUUUGAAAUUAUUGGAAUUGCUAACAGCGUUGAUUAACGUAUCUUACCUGAAGAUAAUCAACCUAGUACUAUAUUCCCGCCGUUAAAAAAAUUAUGCGAGAUGAAAUGAAAUACCGUCAUCUAUGAGAAUUUCUCACGGGUAUGUUUAUCUUUUUAGCAUCAUAUACAGUAGCGGACACAAGUUUGGAAACAUUCUUAGUAAUUUUUAAAAAGUGCGCUAAUUUUUUAUUCUUUAUUAUUAAGGACUAUUUUUUUCUCAUAUUCACAUUAACAUUUUUUAGUCUUAACCAGUCCUUUACGAAUUUUGAGGUAUGCUUGGGGUCAUUAUCUUGCUGGAAUAUGCAUCGUAAAGGCAUUAUUUCUUCUUCAGUAAAAGGGAGCAUGUGCUUACUAAGAAUAUCUUUGUAAAGUUUUUGAUUAAUUUUCCCAACAAUUUUAACGAUUUGGACCCGUUCCAGAACUAGAAAAACAGGCCCAAACCAUGAUGUUGCCUCCACCGUGCGUAACUGUUGGCAACGGAUACUUUUUGUCGAAUCUUUUUCGUAUUGGACGUCUCACAUAUGCCAUACCGUCAGAUACAAACAAGUUAAAUUUGAUUUCAUCGCUCCAUAAAACUGUAUUCCAUUGUUGUUAUGUCCAAGUUAGGUGAGUUUUAACAAAUUCAAGCCGAGCAAUACGUUUUUUUUUAAAUGAGAGGCUUUUGCACUGGACGCCUACCAAAAUGCCCAAAAUCCACCAAGCAUCUCUGCACUGUUCUGGUUCUCGGCACCCUCUUCUACGAUUCUUUUGAAAAUCUGUGUGGCUGGAAGUCGAGGAUCUUCAUGGAACAAACGUUUAAUGAAACGAUCCAAAACAUCAUAGUUUUUUUUCGGUCUUCCGCACCUGGGCCGCGUUGCUGUUGAUACGCAUUCUUUUUACUAAUAAUUUUCGAAAUCGUCCCUUCAUUUUUAGUCUUUGAGAAAUGUCAACAUUUCUGGUACCACUUUUAAAUAAUUCAAUUACUUUGUCUCUUAAAUAUUUUGAAAACUCUUUUACUUUUGCCAUUCUCACUGAUGUUAAUAUUUACCUCACGCAAUAUCAGAGUAUCGCAGAACGAAUAAAUAUGACAAAACUGAAAAGUUUCCAAACUUUUGUCGUUACAAAAACUGUGGUAUUUAAAAAAACGCGUGUUUUUGUUUUCAGAGCUUUUGAAUAUUGAUAAGAUCAACCUUGUAUUAGUACUGGGGCCAAAGGUAGACUUUAAUAUAUUAUCUGUUCCUUCACAAUUUUAAUUUAGGUAUAUGAAAUAGUUCAUAAUAAUGUUAAUAAUUGUUUCCAAACGUUUUUCGCUACUGUAGAAAUCUACUAUGAAAAGGUUAAUGUCUGAUAGCGGGCGCUGAUGCCAACUAUAUUGACCUGAGUUGACAUCCAUACAUACCGAGCAGACCUGAGACCGUGGCUGUUUAGCUCGUUUUUGCAAAUGAAAAGGUCCUUGCAGAAAAAGCGCAAACCUAACCUAAUCAUAUUAGUACAUAAUAGAGACACAGCCAUUAAAAGAGGUGGUGGGCGGUGUACGUGCAUUAAUUAUUGUAGGGCUAACCUUGGGAGGUACUGUUUUUGAACAACAGUUACAAUAUAAUUCUAACAGGGUUAGAAUGGCGGUCUGUCUUUGGAUAUGCCUUAGUUGCAAGUUUUUUUAUGAACUCACUGGGAGGAAGAAUAUUGAGGUCUGAAUGUAGCGAAUAAUACAAAACAAACCCUGAUGGAGCGAAGCGCUAUAUGUUGGAUUACCUAUAACGCAUGCAUGUGCUUCUUAGCAGCAAAGCACCAAGCCGCACAUGGUAGGACUCAUGAUAGAUCAGUAUGAGUAAUUUAUUUGAGGUUUAUAAUCGACUGUUCCCUCUUAACAGGGGUAUAGACGUUUGAAAAUCCCUACAGCGUUGAUUUGGCCAGACAGAACAUGUGGCUUCUAGAUUAAUUUUCUGUCUAUUAUCAACCCAAAUACUUCACCACCAAUUGCCAUGGUAUGGUUCGAUCGAAUACUCUCAACUGCUUAGGUGCAGAGUGCCUACGUUUUGCUGGAAAAGCAACUUGGCUUUUUUGUGGAUCAGCUUGUAUGUUCCACAUACAGAAGUAUUCUUCCAGUUGACACACCACCGCUUGGGCGGGUAUUGACUUAACCACCAGAGCGGUGUCAUCGGCGUCUGCGUGGUGAUAAUUAUAUUGGUACAUAGGAUAUAUUUGGCGCCAUCUAUGAGCCACUAUUUUUUCAAAAUAGAUUUCUAAUUUGUGCAGAGGGGAGAAACUUAUUAGCUGUGGCAAAUUCGCAUAGAUGGCGGUACUGAUGCGAUGUUUCCCUGUUUUUUAUGGACUGAGGAAAUUGUUUGUAGUCGCAGAUAAUUGUGGAAAUUGUUUUCAAAAAGUAUAUUGAAAGACAAUACUCAUUCAAGUUUUCACAUCUCAAACUCAUAAUAUGUCAGAACAAUACAUAGUAACAUCAUAUACAGCUACGGUAUCUCAUUUCAUGUCGGAUAAUUUUUUGAACGCGGGAAUAUAGUAUUAGGUUGGUUAUCUCCAGGUAGAAUACAUAUAUCGAUGCUAAACGUAAAGAAACUAUUGUACAGUGAAAAUUCCAAUUUGAUCUUUGAAGACUUUUCAACCAGCCCAAAUAAAAACAUAAUAAUGUUCAGUGCAAUAUAUUUUUCCUGUGGUGCCAAUAUUUUUGUUAACAGUUUGGUUUAGAAAAAAAUAACACUAAUAGCUCUUAACAUCCAUGCUUAUAAUUUCGAAAUCAAACACAUUUGGUGGUUGUGACUGCAACCAUUGUGCUACUGCUUAAAAAUUAGGAUAUUUUGACCACUACCGAAAGAAAAAGAAAACUACUUUCUACUCCAGUGACUUUUUUUAAUCAUUUUUUGUUUUUCCGAAUAAGUUAUUCAGUUUAUAUGAAUCGCCUGUCUUGAUAAAUGUCUGCCUCUGAGAGAUACAAAUCCAUCAUAAACACUAAACAUUUUAAUUGUGUCUAAAUUACUUUCAUAUUUGUCCAUCUUCCCCCAAUUUUGAUGCGUGUUCAGAGGAAAAAAUACAUGGAAAAAGCAUAGUGGGACCCCCGUAAUUGUCAUUACAACUUUAAAAGUAACUUUUUAAAUAAUUGUUACCAGUAGACUGGAAGUCAUCCUCAUUGUUCAUGUUUUUUCUUUUCAAAAAUUAGUAUUUAUAUUGACUGUGAAAUUUAACUGGUGUCAUUUUUUUAAUCUAAAACACCUACCCCUAUCAAUUACGAGAUAUCAUAUGUUAUUGAUUGCUAUUUUUUCAAUAUUAUGGGACCAAUUUCCAGUGUAUUCUUAAAAAUACUAAUUGCUAAAAGUUUCAUUUUAUUUUUCUUGCGAUUGUCGUACUGUCAAUAGUCUUGAUAUGUGAUUUAGCAAAAUAUGUCAACUUGAUCCACUAUCAUGGCUUUUGUGGAGCUUGACUAUUAAAAAGUCAAAUCUUACUGAAAAUAGACAAAAUUCUCCUUCAGUUUGAGAAUUUUUGUCAGAUCAUUUUGGCUGCUAGUAGUAUCAUUUAAACGGAACGUUGUAAGAAAAGUCCAUUUGAUGGCGUUUGCGUCAUUUUUUACUUAGACAAGAACUAAGUACUUGUUAAAUUUAUUUCAAUAAGAUGACUAGUGAGAAUGCUUUGUUAUGACAUUUUUAACUUGUGAAUAGCUUUAAUGUGGGCAUUGUCAAAGAUAUCAGAGCAGAAUGUGUAAAAAUAUGAAAAAUUAGGCAUAUACAUGAAUAAUGUAAUUAUUAUAGAUUUGUUUUAAUAAAUUGUAUUGAAUUUUA